UGUGCAUGUGUCUAUCGUGUGUCAUCAUUUUAUCUUAGGAUUCCCAUACGGUUUCAGGAGAACUUCACUUAGUCGUCCAACCCUUUGUGAAGAGGAGUCAAGUUUUUCCUCUUCAAGCCCAGCAGGAUCAACAGCAGGCCUCCACCUGCAUAAACUCAGAGCAGAGCCAAAUAUCCUUCAGAUCAGACAAUGAGAAGCGGAGUGGGGCUGUGUGUGCUGGGCCUGCUGUGCCUCCACAGCUCAGUCUUUGGGCAGGGGCCAGUAGAGGUCCAGCCCGGAGUCCUGAUCUUCUGUGACGACCCAUCUGUAGAGAAGGCCGUCAGCAGCGCAGUGAACAAGUUCAACGAGAGGUUGAACGCCGGAAAUAAGCUGGCCCUCUUUCAGAUACUGACAGCCAGCAAGUCAGAGAAUGGCUCCGACUCAGUGUACUCACUGCAGUUCAACACCAGGAGGAGUGACUGUCCAGCUGACAGCAACAAAUCCUGGACAGACUGCGACUAUGAUGCUUUUGGACGCAAGAAGCCUAUUUCUUGCAAUGCCACAGUCUACAUGACAGAGACCGAAGCAGACACUAGACAGGUGGACUGUGUGCUCGAUGAUUACAUCAUUCCAGAGAGAGCUUCCUGUUUGGGCUGCCCUGUGGAUAUUGAUGAGAACUCAGAGGACCUUAGGGGUCCUCUUUUGGCCUCCAUCUCCAAGUAUAACUCCAUCUCCAAAUCUACUCACCUCUUCACGCUGCACACUGUCGGCCAUGCAACCAGACAGGUGGUCGCAGGUUUCAGGUUCAAGCUUAGAUUUGAUUUGAAGAAGACCACCUGCGCCAAGGCCGAUCACAAAGACCUCAACGAGCUGUGUGCCCCUGAUGAAGAAAAUUUGGAGUUUUCUAACUGCAACUCUACAGUGGAUGUAGCACCGUGGAGACUUGAGCCCCCGCAGGCCCAGAUACAGUGUGAACCAGGGCUACUGCCUCCCACGCUGUUGACUAGGCGCCGUCCUCCUGGCUGGUCUCCACUCAGGAAUAUUUUGCUCACCAAUCCCCCCUCCACAUCCUCCCCCAAAGAAGAAUCUUCUGAGGAGGACACCACAGCCUCCGUCUCCUCUGAUGUGGCCUUGGAAGCUGGGAAGGACCACCCCUUCCACUGCCCGUCCAAGCCCUGGAAGCCUUUCAAUCCAGUCCAUCCUGCGAUGCCUGCACCUCCUACAAAGGAUGGGGCUUUCAAUGAAACAGACCUGCAGUUAUAAGUUUUUCCUCAAGGGAACCACAUUUAUAUUAUAAUAACAAAAUUAUCUCACAAGCUUUUUCAACAGAUUAUUUUUGUUUAUUUUGUAGACUAGUUCUUAAUUCUACUGGGGUGCAUGGCAGGAACAAACAUCUUCAUGGGUGUUGUGCAGAUUUAAAACUAUAAAUGCAAAAGGGUUAAAGUUAAUAAAAUGACCAAUUAAAAAAAAGGAGAGAAAGCAA